AUGGAUUCGGUGUUCUUUUUGAAGAAAUUCAUUUAUUUGCAACAAAAUAAUGAAAAAGCAUCUUUAGGGACUCUACGCUGCUCAGCGGAUCAUUUUCGUACAUGCGCGUUCUGUUUUAACGACCAACCUACCAACGUGCCGAGAGAGGGAGAAUCGAGCUGCCGCAGUAUAUGCCGUGUCACAUGCACAUUGCGGAAUAGUGUUUGCAUCUCGCAAAAAAUGGACGCGUACAAGAGUGGCCGCGAGGAUCGGUACGAGAGAAACAACGAUUCUCACAGAGAGAAGUUGCAGAGGAGCAAGGAGAGGGAUCACAGAGGCGGCAGGCGCGAUCACGCCAGGAGGGACGACGACAGGCAGGGCGGCAAGAGGAAGCACGAGAGAUCACCCAGGCGAGAGAACAGUCACACCAACAGGCACAGGGAACGCAACGAGCAAAGGAGCAGGAGCAGGAGCAGGGACAGGAGGGACGAGUCCGGCAGAAGGUCACGUGGUGAUCAGUACAGGUCGAGGAGGAGCCCGGAGGCCGCGAGGGUAAAGAAGGAACCAUCCCCCGAGUGGGGCAAGUCGAGUGCGAAGGGUGAGAACAAACCAAAGCCACAGGAGAAGGAGAAGCCCAACUUUGAACUGUCGGGGAAGCUGACCGAGGACGCGAACACCGUCAACGGGGUGGUGAUAAAGUACAGCGAGCCACAGGACGCCAGGAAGCCAAAGCGCAGGUGGAGAUUGUAUCCAUUCAAAGGAGAGAAGGCACUGCCCACGUUGUACAUCCAUCGGCAGUCAGCGUACCUGAUGGGCAGGGAUCGCAAGGUGGCGGACAUACCACUCGACCAUCCCUCGUGCUCCAAGCAGCAUGCAGCUCUGCAGUAUCGCCUAGUUUCGUAUCAGAAGGAGGACGGCGGUGAAGGUAGAAAGAUACGGCCGUACAUCAUCGAUUUAGAGUCGGCGAACGGCACAUUUGUAAAUAAUAUCAAACUAGAGCCGAGGAGGUACCACGAACUGUUGGAGAAGGAUGUGGUGCGAUUCGGCUUCAGCACUAGGGAAUACGUUUUGUUACAUGAACACAGUAAGGAUGAAACCUUCGACGACGAUGUACCUCUUACGAAUGCAACUUAGGAUCCAACUUUAAUGGAGAACAUUGUUCAACAUUGGAUUCACGUGAAGACUGAAUGGAAUACCAAGAUCCGGACGGUGGAUUCAAGGAGAUCGAGGCAGCAGGAUAUCUUUGGGUCCGCGAUUUUCGUGAGAGGAGGGAUUCACGUACACGUACGUGUCGAUACAUGACAGAGCUCCAUUAACGUCUCUUUGAAGUUCCCUAGAAGUUCCUUUUACGUGUAUAAAUAUUAUGCAUUAAUAGUAAUAGUAGACAUUUUACAUCAUUGAAGAUAUCCAACAUAGCAAAUCUCUUGCAAGAGUUCCUUCCAAUUUCGUAUUCUUUUUAAAAGCAUUUAAAAAACCCGGUAAUUUGUUUUUAUCGUCUAAGCAGGGUUUACAUAUAUUUUCUUGUGACAUUUUUGAAAUAGUUUUAAAAAAAUCUUGUGUGUAACAUGUAUACAGAUUAAUAAAAUAUAACUGAGAGACUCACUUCAAAUCAUUUAUAAUGUAUUAUUUACAAUUGUAACUCUAAUAUUCAUUGGCUGCCGCAUUGCUUUGCUAUCUUAUAACGUAACUCGAAAAUACAAAUUUCAAGUAUAUAGUCAGUCCAUCGGCACGAAAUUUUACGCAGUAGCACACGUAUACAAACUUAUAUUUGUUCGGUAAUAAAGUCGUAACACAUACAUUUUCAUAUUCGUUAAAAUUACGUAGAAAACUUAACAAUUUCCGUAUUUAUUAAUUAUCAUCAAAUGUAAAAUUUGUACAAUGAACAGUGAGAUACUUAUAUAGAUUGUUCAAUAAAUACGUUAUUUUAAACAGC